UGCUGAGCGUCCCGUUCGCGUAGAGAGCACGAGGAGAGGGAGGAGCCUGGAGGUUGUUUUUGCACCGGAGGCUGACUGGUUUCAGAGCGUGGCUGUCGCCCGGCAGAUCAUCAGUAGAACAACCUGAAAGAAGAAAUUUUCCAAGAGAAAUUUGAAAGUGAAAGAAGAUAAAUGACAGUGGAUACAGAAAACAAUAUAAGAAUUUUACUUCAUUUAUUGUUUUCAUAAAUUCAUUCAAUUAAACUCCUUUGAACACUCACUCUAUACUAGGUAUAGAGCAGUGAAUGAAACGGACAGUAUUUCUUGCUCAGAUACAGAGCUUCUGAUGAUGUUUUCUAGCUUCAGUGUGUUCAGAAUCGGAGUCUCUUUUGUCUUGAUGUGCGUUUUAACCAAGGCGACCGUCGUCCCUGUGCCAGAAUUGAGUCCUCAGAGAUAUUUCAGUACACUGCAACCAGGAAAAGCCUCACUAGCUUAUUUUUGUCAAGACGCCCCAAUGCACAAACCAAGGGAGAGAAAGCACCCAGACUUCCCCAAUCUGACUUCUUGCACCUUCAUUUUCAACCUUAUAUCCAUCCAAGGCAUCCUUGUUUCUUACGUAAAUUGUGUCCAAGAAGAAACAGCAAAAUACUGUGGGAAAGAAAAGGAUCUGAUGAAAGCAUAUUUAUUCAGGGGCAACAUACUACUCAGAGAAUUCCCUCCUGAUACCCUGUUUGAUGUGAAUGCUGUCGUUGCUCAUGUUCUCUUUGCUCUCCUUUUUAAUGAAGUAAAAUAUAUUGCUACUCUGGAAGACCUCCAGAACAUAGAAAAUGCUCUGAAAGGAAAAGCAAAUAUUGUAUUUGCAUAUGUAAAAGCCAUCGGAACAUCAGAGCACAGAGCAGUCAUGGAAGCUGCUUUUGUGUAUGGGACCACCUACCAAUUUGUUUUAACGACAGAAUUUGCACUUUUGGAAAGUAUUGGAACUGAAGAUAUAGAGUAUGCACAUCUCUACUUUUUCCACUGUAAACCCGUCUUGGACUUCACCCAGGAAUGUAGGAAAACUCUAAUGGAACAGUCACUGACUACACUGAACAUUCAUCGGUUUAUGAAGACAAUGGAGGCACCUCUGCUGACCGAAGUUGCUGAAGAUCCUCAGCAAGUUUCAACUAUUCAUCUCCAGCUAGGAUUACCCUUGGUGUUUAUUGUUAGUCAGCAAGUAACAUAUGCAGCUGAUAGAAGAACUGCCGAAUGGGUUGCUUGGCGUCUUCUGGGGAAAGCUGGAGUUCUCCUCUUACUAAGGGACUCUUUGGAAGUGAACAUUCCUCAGCACACGAAUGUGAUCUUCAAAAGAGCAGAAGAGGGAAUGCAAGUGGAAUAUUUGGUACUACAUGAUGUUGAUUUAAUAAUAUCCCAUGUGGAGAAUAAUGUACACACUGAAGAAACCCAAGAAGAGGAAGAGGAAGACGAUGAGCUAGAAGGUCCAGAUAUUGAUAUUCAAGACGAUGAAGUGGCUGAAAGUGUUUAUAGAGAUAGGAAGCGGCGCUUGCCUUUGGAACUCACAGUGGAACUCACGGAAGAGACAUUUAGCAGGACAGUCAUGGCUUCUGACAGCAUCGUGCUCUUCUAUGCCAGUUGGGAAGCAGUGUCCAUGGCAUUUCUACAGUCAUAUGUUGAGGUAGCAGUUCAAUUGAAAGGCACAUCCAAUAUGCUACUCUGUAGAAUAAACUGUGGAGAUUGGUCUGACAUAUGUACUAAGCAAAAUGUUACUGAAUUUCCUGUGAUAAAGAUGUACAAGGAAGGUGAGAACCCAGUAUCUUAUGUUGGUAUGCUAGGAACUGAAGAUCUCCUAAAAUUUAUACAGCUCAAUAGGAUUUCAUGCCCAGUGACUAUAACAUCUAUCCAAGAAGCAGAAGAAUAUUUAAGGGGGAAAUUAUAUGAAGAAUUGAUCUCCUAUUCCAGAGUGUCAAUACUAGGAAUAUUUAGCCCAACUAUGAUCACAGCCAUAGAAAACUUCACUAAAGCAGGAAAUUCUCUAAGAGGAUAUGUCCUCACUGGAAUUUAUUCUGAAGAAGAUGUUUUGUUAUUGUCAGAUAAAUAUGCUACAACUGUUCCAGCCUUGCUCCUUGCCAGACACGAAGAACGGCAUACAGUGAGCAUGCCAUUAAGUAGCACUAGUGCUCAAGACAUAGUGCAAAUAAUAACAGAUGCAUUACUGGAAACAUUUCCAGAAAUCACUGUGGAAAAUCUUCCCACGUAUUUACGGCUUCAGAAACCAUUACUUAUUUUGUUUAGUGAUGGUAGCAUAAAUCAUAAGUAUAAAGAAGUGAUGGCAGCACUGAUAAAACAAAAACAUUUGGAUUCACUUACCCCUUGCUGGCUAAAUCUAAAGAAUACUCCUGCAGGAAGAGGAAUUCUGCAAGUGUAUUUUGACCUUCUGCCUCCCCUUCCACUUCUUGUGUUGGUGAAUCUGCAUUCAGGUGGUCAAGUGUUUGCAUUUCCUUCAGACCAAUCCAUAACUGAACAAAACCUUUUAUUGUGGCUUAAGAAAUUUGAAGCAGGACUAGAAAGACAUAUCAGAGUUUUAUCUGCUGCAGAAUGGAAACCCCCUCUUCCCGCUUAUGAUUUUCUAAGUAUGAUAGAUGCUGAAACAUCUCAACAUGCCCCCAGGAAAGAUCCUGAAUGUAUGAAAGAAACCGAUGUGCAGGAGAAUUAUAAGGAACAACAUGAAGAUACAUCAAAAGUCACAAUAAAGCACCUGCGUAAUCGUAAUUGGUUUGAAGUAGAAAAAGCUUUUUUGCCUGAUAAAGAGUUAUGAUAUGCAAAACAUUGCAUAGAGUUGUGGGAAAUUUCAAAAUUUCUUUUAGCUUAUUUUGUAACUUCAGAAUUUCUUUCUAUAAAAAUAAUAAAUAUUUGAUGUUUCUAUAAUAAUACUGUUCAA